UUAUUUUUACUCUUUAGUCCUCGUCUUUCCAAAUAUAUAGAAAAAAACGAAGAGAUCUGCUUUCACACUUCCUUUUCUUUGUUUCUUCCAAUAACAAACUCAUAUAUUUUCAAGACUCAAUAGAAGAUUUUGUGCAUUGAAAAUGGCAGAGUUUUUCUGAACAAAAAUCGUUCAAAGUCAAUGAAAAUCAGCUAGUGAUACGGAAGAGCCAAAUCCGAAGGAUCUUUUUGCUAUUAACAUCCAUUUUUGUUCGUACAAAACACAAGAAAUCAAAGUUCAUAGCUAUCAUAUUUGAAAAUGGGGAAAGCUACGAGGUGGUUCAAGGGGUUGCUUGGGAUGAAAAAAGAAAAAGAAAAUAUAGACAACAUGUCUAAUUCAUCUGAAAAGAAAGACAAAAAAAGAUGGAGUUUUGGAAAGUCUGUUAAAGAUUCAAAUGUUGGUCAGAAUACGGUGAACUUUCCGGCGGUGGAUACUAAUUGGUUGAGAUCUUACAUGUCUGAGAACGAAAAGGAACAGAGUAAGCAUGCUAUUGCUGUAGCUGCAGCCACCGCUGCAGCGGCGGACGCGGCGGUAGCAGCGGCACAGGCGGCUGUGGCGGUGGUGAGAUUAACUAGUCAAGGUAGAGGUGCUAUGUUUACAGGUGGUGGGCGGGAGAAAUGGGCUGCUGCUAAGAUUCAAACUGUUUUUAGGGGUUAUUUGGCUAGAAAAGCUCUUAGAGCAUUAAAGGGACUGGUGAAAUUGCAGGCAUUGGUUAGGGGUUACCUUGUUCGAAAGAGAGCCGCGGCAACUCUUCACAGUAUGCAGGCGCUCAUCAGAGCGCAGGCUGCUGUUCGAUCUCAAAGAGCUCGUCGUUCAAUGACUAAUGACUCUAGAUACCAGCCCGAAAUGCGAGCUAGGAGGUCCAUUGAAAGAUUUGAUGAAUAUAGAAAUGAAUUCCACAGCAAGAGGCUUUCAACUUCGAAUGAGACCUCGUAUGAUGGAUUUGAUGAUAGUCCAAAAAUUGUAGAAAUCGACACAUACAGGACCAAAUCCAGGUCGCGUAGAAUGAACAAUGCUGCUUGUAUGUCUGAAUCUGGAGAUGAGCAACAUUAUCAAGUUAUGUCAUCACCACUCCCAUGUCCACUUCCAGCCCGUGUAUCGAUCCCAGAUUGUCGUCAUCUUCAGGAUAUUAACUGGAGUUUUCUAGCGGACGAGCAGUGCAAGUUUGCCUCAGCACAAAGUACACCUCGAUUUGCAUGUUCUGGACGUUCCAUUGCGCCACCUACACCAGCCAAAAGCGUUUGUGGCGAUGGUUACUUCCGGCCAUAUGCUAACUUUCCUAGUUACAUGGCUAACACACAGUCGUUUCGCGCAAAGCUACGGUCCCAUAGUGCGCCAAAGCAAAGACCAGAGCCAGGGCCAAAGAAGAGGUUGUCACUGAAUGAAAUAAUGGCAUCAAGAACAAGUUUCAGUGGUGUUAGAAUGCAAAGGUCUUGUUCUCAAGUGCAAGAAGAUUACUGCUUCUGAUAAUUUUUUUAAAAAAACUUUGCUUUGGCCUACCUUAGUUUUAGGGUCAUUGAAUCAUAGAUAUGAUAAUAUGGCUGUAUAGGGAAGAUAAUCUAAAAAGUUAACUUCUCUAGGCUUAUGUUUCCACAGGAAAUGUUGACAAAUUUUAGUACUAGGAUAGAAUGGUAUGCUUGUGUAAAUUUUUUGACAGUGUUUGAUGAAUGAAUCUUGCUUUCUAAAUGUAUCCACUGAAAGCUUUUUGUGAA